UCAUUGCUAAAAAUGUCCCCAGUAAUCGGUCAUUCAUUAUGAGUGACAACGAAACUGCCUCGAAGCUUAGAACGGUAGUUAAGCCGUCGCUUUCAUUAGCCUGUUUCCUCUGUAACAUCCACUAGACCCGCCGGGACUGUGUUUAUUCAUCACUCUCAGAGCGCAUUAUUUUGCGCACUAUUACGCAGCAGCUCCAGAAGAUGGAUGUGAACUCCAAAAUCUACGGCUUUUUGACAUGUAUCCUCCAGGCACUUCUGCUGUCAUCGGCCACCCUGGAACCGUUCGACCUGCUUCAUGAUAACGGAGUGGAGGCUUUUUAUAAAGGAGACUAUGGCAAUGUGGUGCGGUACAUGGAGAGCGCGCUGAAGAGUUUCUCUGAAGUGCGCCAGACCAGAAUCAGAUGCAGGCUGAAAUGCAGUGACCAGCAUCGCUUUGACAGCUUUCUGACUGAUAAGAUUUUUGAAGUGAUCCUCUAUAGAGGGCAUUGUUUAAAUCAAUGCAUUGAGGGAAAGAUUGGAGCCCAAUCCAUGCAUAAAAUUAGCGAGGAUGCCAUUCAAGAUUUCAAUCGAAGAAUUCCCUAUAACUACCUGCAACUUGCCUACAGAAAACUCGGGCAACUGGACAAAGCUGCAUCUGCUGCUCAUACGUAUUUCCAGGCCAACCCUGAGCAUGUGGAGAUGGGAGAGGACCUGGAGCAGUACAAAGCCCAGAAAGGUGUAAAAGAGGAAGACUUUAUUGACCGGGAAUCCCGCCCACACCAGAAAGCCUUCUUUGCUGGGGUGAAGCUCUACGACAAAGGCAACUACGAAGAGUCCGUGACUCUCUUUGAAGAGGCUCUGACUGAGUAUUACCGUGCCGAUGUGGAGUGUCGGGCCCUCUGUGAAGGACCACAGCACUUCGAGGAGCAGAAACAUGUCUUGUACAAAUACAACCUCUACGAGCUAAUCUCAGAUCAUUACACACAGGUUCUUCACUGUCAGCACGAGUGUGUCCGAGACUUGGCUACGCGCCCUGGUCGCCUGUCGCCUGUGGAAAACUACCUGCCACUGCAUUACGACUACCUGCAAUUUGCCUAUUUCCAAGCUGGGAGGAAUGAAGAGGCGUUGGAGUGCGCGUUGACCUACCUGUUGUUCCACGAAGGCGAAGAGUUCAUGACUGAGAAUAUGGAGUAUUACAGGGAGGUGCUGGGACAUGAUGGCCAGCCUCGUAAGGAAGCUGAACAGUAUCUAAGGCGGCACAAACAGGAGUUAGACCUGCUCCUCAUCGGCAGCAGUAAUCUUGGAGUGCCCUAUAUUGAAGGGCACUACUGGAGCAGUUCGGGCGGUAGAGAAGAUGCUAACAGGAUUCCUUCUGGUACCGAUGGCUGGAUGGACUAUGUGCCAAAAUCAGCAAAGAGAAAUGUCACAAUGUCUGUGUUACAUGAGCUGCGAGAAGGAGGUCCAUUGCUGUAUGAGAAUGUACGACUUGUACAAAACUCUGACACCCUGAAUGGAAGUCAGAGGGUGCUUUUUGAUGAUGUCAUCAGUGAGGACGAGUGCUCUGAACUCAAACAUCUGGCACACACUGUCACUGCGGCUGGUGACGGCUACAAGGGGAAAAUGUCUCCUCACACACCAAAUGAGAAAUUCGAAGGGGCGACAGUAUUGAAAACGCUGAAGUAUGGCUACGAGGGACGAGUUCCUUUAAAAAGUGCCCGCCUCUUUUAUGAUGUCAGUGAGAAGGCCAGGCGGAUAAUUGAGUCAUACUUCAUGCUAAACUCUACUCUGCAUUUCUCAUACACACAUUUAGUGUGUAGGACCGCCAUAUCUGGUCAGCAGGACCACAGAAACGACCUCAGUCACCCAAUACAUGCUGAUAACUGUCUUCUGGACCCAGAAGCGAAUGAGUGCUGGAAAGAGCCGCCCGCUUACACCUACCGAGACUACAGUGCCCUGCUGUAUCUGAACGGGGAUUUUGCGGAGAAUUCCUGUCUCCUCUACAUUUUGGAAAUGGACGCCAAGACUGUCACCGCCUCAGUGAAGCCCAGAUGCGGGCGGAUGGUGGGGUUCUCGUCUGGCGGUGAGAAUCCUCACGGUGUGCGAGCGGUCACUAGGGGGCAGCGGUGUGCUGUGGCGCUCUGGUUCACUUUAGACCCCCUCUACAGGGAGCUGGAGAGGCUUCAAGCUGAUGAGGUGAUUCAGGCCCUUGAUAGUCAGCACAUGUGGGACCACGGCCAGCAUAUAAACCCAAAAGACGAGUUAUAGUCCAUCAACCAAUGGGAGAGAAAGCACAGGGUCAUUACUUAUUUAUUGAAUGUUCAGAAUGAUUUUAUUUUUUUACAGUGUCAUAUUUUGUUUCUGACUGUUUGUGAGAAUUUUAUUAUUAUUACUAUUAUUAUUGUUAUUAUUAUGUGUGCAUAUAAAAUCUCAGUUCACAAUUAUUCGGUUUCAUACCUUUAAAGUCAACAUGAAAUCAAAAUCGACUCAAAAUUAUUCCAUGGUAUUUCUAUUCUGGUAUAAAACAGAGUUUUCAUGAUCCCUUUUCUGUUGAAAUAUCCUGUUUACAUCAAAUUACGGAAGUAAAAUGGGUUCUCAAUACCUUUUUAUGUUGACUUUAAAAGAAACAGUGAACAUAAUUUAAAUUUCUAUCAAGGAAAGUAUGGUUUGACUUUGGUUUUAUUGAAUGAAAUGCCAUUCAUACCACCAAAGAGUGAAUUGACGCUGUACAGCAGCAUAUAUAUAUAUAUAUACAUAGCUUUUUAGAUGUAUUUUAUAUUCAAGUUGAUUUAACUAGACAUAAUCCAAGUUACCUAACGAAACAGACUAUGAAAAAUGAGGAUUUGCACAGUUAUAUACUUACUGUAUAUUCUUCUGUGAUAUUAACAUACAGUAGCUGUCAGUUGUUUUAAUGGUGGACUGUGGCUUCCUUCACAUUGUGACACCACAGUGCUUUCAGAUGAGUUAAUUUAUAAUGUUUACAAAUGAACUGACUCAAGCUAUGCUGUAGUUUGAUCGUAGACGGCUAUAAUAGCAAGCGUCAGCAUUUGAUAUUAGGAACCUUUUUAAUAAAAGAUGCUAUUUGUUCCUGUUUCAAGGAAUUUGAACUUAAAUGUGGCAUAUUAAUUGUCCUUUCCUUUCAAAUUCAUUGACUCGUGUUACAUAUCUCUCUGUGGGUAGUUGAAAUGUGCUUUGCACACAUGCCUCAGCUCUUGUCGAAUUUGAACAAGGACGACGGCCACUUUUUCUCACUGAUAUUUAAUUACACGAGUAUUUAAGUCUGCUUUUACUGUAUGUAAUGCACAAUGAUGUUUGCAAUAUGUAUUUUAAAUUAAAGA